CGGCAGGGGCCGCCUCGCCCCGCCCCUCUCCUUCCCUCCCUCCCCUUGGCGGCCGGGCGCGGGCCGUUGGCGAGGGCUGCCGGGACGGCGGCGGUGACAUGGCGGCCAACGGCACUGGUGCCCCUGAGGGCUUGCGCGGCGCGGAGGCGGCAGCGGCGGGCCCGCGGCAGGAGCGGGCGGGCGCGGGCGCGGGCGCGGGCGGACUGGCCCUUCUCGGCGCCGCCCCCGGCGCUCCCAGCUGCCCGCACGGUCCUGCUCUUCUGUUUGUAAAGAUGAGCCAAGGAAAAGAAGAGGGAAGAAGGUUUUAUGCUUGUUCAGCUUGCAGGGAUAGGAAAGAUUGUAACUUUUUCCAGUGGGAAGAUGAGAAGGUGUCAGAAACUAGGCUUGCAGCACGUGAAGAAUGUAAUAGAAAUCGUCAGCCUUCUUUUACUCACAGACAAAAUGUGGAAAGGUACAAGAGUUUUGUUCUUCUGCCGCUAUCAAAGAGGAAGUUUUGUCAGGAAUGCCAGCAAUUGCUAUUGCCAGCUGAAUGGGAAAAACACUGUGGUCACCAGUUCCUAUGUGAUAUCUCCAUUGCCCAGUUAAAAAGUCCCAGUCAACUUCUGUAUCCGCUGGAGAAUAAGAAAACAAAUGCGCAGUAUUUGUUUGCAGACAGAAGUUGCCAUUUCCUGCUGGACCUUAUUAUUGCUUUAGGAUUCAGACGAGUGCUCUCUGUUGGAACACCCAGGCUUCAUGAAAUGAUCCAAUCUAAAGCAUCACAAAAAGAAGAUUUUAGUGUUAGAAGCCUUCUGCUAGAUAUUGAUUUCAGGUAUUCACAGUUUUAUACAGAGGAUGAGUUCUGUCACUAUAACAUGUUUAAUCAUUAUUUCUUUGGUGGAGAGGCUGCACAUGAAACUUGCAGGAAAUUCUUGUAUCAAGACAAAGGUGAAAGAGUCAUUAUGGUUACUGAUCCCCCAUUCGGAGGAUUAGUGGAAGCACUGGCUUCUAGUUUUAAAAAGCUGAUGACAAUGUGGAGGGAGACAAAAAAAGAAGGUCAUGACAACCAAGAGAUGCCUGUGUUCUGGAUAUUUCCGUAUUUCUUUGAGUCUCGCAUUCUUGAGUUUUUCCCGAGCUUUAGUAUGAUGGAUUAUCAGGUAGACUAUGAUAAUCAUGCACUUUAUAAGCAUGGCAAGACAGGUCGUAGACAGUCUCCUGUUCGUAUCUUUACCAACAUCAUCCCAAGUAUGAUUGUACUUCCUGUUGAAGAGGGUUAUAGGUUUUGCACUAUAUGUCAGCGAUAUGUUAGCUCUGGUAACCAGCACUGUGAGAUAUGCAAUUCAUGUACAUCAAAAGAUGGUAGACGAUGGAAGCAUUGUGCUCUUUGCAACAAAUGUGUAAAACCCUCUUGGUUUCACUGUAACAACUGCAACUGCUGUGCUCUUCAAGACCAUGUUUGUGAGAGGACUGAAGCUGGCUGUUUUGUUUGUGGCAAAGCAGGUCAUAAACGCAGUACCUGUCCCAGUCUCUCCCUCACUAAAACAGCUCGCCAAACUGACAAAAAGAAAAGGCAGAAAACUCCAAAGAAGGUAAAGAUGGGGAUCUGUAAAAAAUCAGCUAUGAAGCAUGCAAUAUUCUUCAGGAAAAGAAUAAAGAAUAAGAAAAAGAGGUGCAACCUUCCUUGUUGAUACAUUGUUACCCAGAGGAUUUUUUUGUAGCCUGCUUUGAUUCCAUUUUCUGACACUUAAUGUUCAAAAUAAAACCUGAUCGAAUUAAAAGUGACAA